CAUGCUUCGGGGACUCAAGUGAAGUUUACUUCCAGUGAGGUCGGCAAGCCGAAGGUGUCUCUAGAGGUUAGUGCUCUAGUGAAUGGGUGGAGGCCAAGCUCUGCCUGGCUCCUGAGGGCCACACUAGCCUUCAGACCUGCGACAAUCCCUGCUGUCACCCUGGAGUCACACUCUACACAUCCUGACUUCUGUUCUGGUGACUCUGUCCUGGGGCCUGAUGACACCCCCUCUGUGUCUGCUAGCUCACCCUGUGUUUCUCUGGGUCCUGAGCUCUUGGACCCACUGUGCCAGCCACCAGUAGAUGAAGAGGAUGAUCUCAGUGUUCCCCAGGGUGCCAGAACUCCAGACAGUGAACCUGAACUGGAGACUAGAAACCCGUCUGGUGCCUGGGCCUUGUCACUUGUGGAGGGGCAGGAGGAAGGUGAGGGCCAGGUUGAGGAAGAGGAAUGUCCCAUCUGUGCUGAGCCUUAUGGGCCUAGUGAGCACCACCUGACCCUGCUGAACUGUGGUCACAGCCUGUGUGUGGGCUGCCUGCACCAGCUGUUAGGCAUGAACCCCAGAACUGACCUGGGCCGUGUGCGAUGUCCACUAUGUCGUCAGAAGACGCCCAUGCUGGAGUGGGAGAUCUGUCAGCUGCAGGAAGAACUGCUUCAAGCUGAUGGACCCCAGUGCCCAAUGCCCACUGCAUCCAUCACAGCCCUGCAUCCUGGCCCUUGGCCCUGGGGGACCUUAGAGCAGCGCUACCGGCUGCGAUUCCUGGCAGGGCCUGUGGGAGGACGGAGCUGUCUCCCCUUCCUGCCCUGCCCUCCCAGCCUUGGUACCUGGUUGUGGGCACUGCGGGAACGUGGCCCCUGUGCCCACCGAUUGUCACUGCUGAGCCUGCUGGCACUUGAACUGCUAGGGCUGGUAGUCAUCUUCAUGCCACUCAUGUUCCUAGGGGUGCUCCUCAUGCUGCUAGACCGUUCCAGCCACUAAGCAGAGCCCAGAUGCUGGCCAAGCAUUGAAGUCCAUGCUCAGAUUCUGGUAAUCAGCAAAGACUUGUUAUCACCAAGACCAGAUAUACCUAAGAGCCUGAGCCAGCCAGAGUGCUUACACACCCUUGCAGCCUAGAUACUGG